AUGUCUUCCGCUGUCGUACAUAGCGACGACCUUAUGGAGCCUACGCUCCAGUCGGUCGUCAAUCAGAAAACCUUGCGCUGGAUCUUCGUCGGUGGUAAGGGAGGUGUCGGCAAGACCACGACCUCUUGCUCGCUUGCCAUUCAGCUGGCUAAAGUCCGCAAAUCCGUCCUCCUCAUCUCCACCGACCCCGCACACAACCUGAGCGAUGCCUUUGGACAGAAAUUUGGAAAGGAGGCUCGGUUAAUCGAUGGUUACACCAACCUGAGCGCCAUGGAGAUCGACCCCAAUGGCAGCAUUCAGGACCUUUUGGCUAGUGGUGAGGGUCAGGGAGAUGAUCCUCUAUCUGGGAUGGGUAUGGGAGGCAUGAUGCAGGAUCUGGCUUUCAGCAUUCCUGGGGUUGAUGAGGCCAUGUCCUUCGCUGAGGUCUUGAAGCAAGUCAAGUCCAUGUCCUACGAGGUUAUCGUUUUCGACACCGCGCCCACCGGCCACACGCUCCGCUUUCUCCAAUUCCCUAGCGUCCUCGAGAAAGCUCUGUCGAAACUGUCGCAGCUAUCCUCCCAGUUCGGCCCUAUGCUCAAUACUUUUCUGGGUUCUCGUGGCGGUCUUCCCGGCGGUGCGAACAUGGAUGAGAUGUUGCAGAAGAUGGAGUCUCUCCGGGAGGUGAUCAGCGAGGUCAACUCUCAAUUCAAGGAUGCCGACUUGACCACUUUCGUCUGCGUCUGUAUCGCCGAGUUCCUUUCCCUAUACGAGACCGAGCGCAUGAUUCAGGAGUUGACCAGCUACAAUAUCGAUACCCAUUCCAUCGUCGUUAACCAACUUUUGUUCCCCAAGCAGGGCAGCGAGUGCGAACAGUGCAACGCCCGCAGGAAGAUGCAAAAGAAGUACCUCGAGCAGAUUGAGGAGCUCUAUGAGGACUUCAACGUUGUUCGGAUGCCUUUGUUGGUGGAGGAAGUAAGAGGGAAGGAGAAGCUUGAGAAAUUCAGCGACAUGCUUGUGAACCCAUAUGUUCCCCCGGAGGGCAACUAA